AUGGAAGUAUACCUGAAGACUAACUUCGACCAGUGGUUCAACAUCACCAAAGGAUACAAGGCGUCAGUCGACCACAACACCAGAACUCCAAUUAAUUUAGAAAAUUGGAAUUUGGAGAUGAAGAAGAAGGCCCGAAGUGACUUCAAAGCGCUCAAUACAAUUCAAUGUGGUCUAACGGAGGAGGAGUUGAACCAUGUUGGACUACACAAGAACGUAAAGGAGUUGUGGGACGAGUUCAUAGAACUACACGAAGGGACCAACGAUGCAAAGAUAACUAAAAGAGAUUUAUUUUUAAAUAAGCUAUUUAAUAUCAUAAUCCAAGAAGGAGAGACUGCAAAUCAGUUGCACGCAAGGAUCAAGGACAUCCUCAACGGGCUCCACACAAUUGGCCAUCAGAUGGAGAGCCAAGAUCUAAUAAGGUAUGCUCUAAAUGCAUUUCCUCUAAAUGCACUGUGA